AUGGAAAAAUCGAGCCAAGUCGAAAUCGCCCCACUUAAAGAGCCCGGUUUCGACCGAACGAGCGAGCUCAAGGCUUUCGACGAGACAAAAGCCGGCGUGAAAGGCCUCGUAGACGCCGGUAUCACUCACGUCCCGAGAAUCUUCUUUUCACCUCCCGAUACUCACGGCCUAAUUAAUGAUGACAUCACAAAGGCCGGGUCAGUCAAAAUCCCGGUUAUCGACCUCGACGGCGACUUCAAGGGAGAUGAGAUGGGGAGAAAAAAUGUGGUGAGAACCAUUAGGGAGGCAUGCGGGACGUGGGGCUUUUUCCAGGUCGUGAACCACGGAAUCCCGGUUAACGUUUUGGAGGAAAUGUUGGAAGGGUCUAGAAGGUUUUACGAGCAAGAUGUUGAGGUGAAGAAGGAGUGGUACACGAGGGAUAGUGAUUCGAAAACGGUAAUUCAUAAUAGUAAUUUUGAUCUUUACCGAGCGGCCUCGGCUAACUGGAGGGACACGACAUACGUGAUAAUGGCUCCUAAGGCUCCGGAGCCAGAUGAGUUGCCGGAGGUCUGCAGAGAUAUCUUGAUUGAGUACUCCAAGCAAGUGCACAAGCUCGGCAUAUUCUUGUUCGAGUUACUAUCUGAAGCGCUCGGUCUUGACACGAACUAUCUCAACAACAUGGGAUGCUCGGAGGGGCUGGCCACCCUUUACCACUACUACCCGGCGUGUCCUGAGCCAGAGCUUACCUUAGGGGCCACCAAGCACUCGGACUACGAUUUUCUAACCGUGCUUUUACAGGACAAUAUUGGUGGGCUUCAAGUUCUUUAUGAGAAUAUGUGGGUUGAUAUUCCCCCUGUCCCUGGAGCUCUUGUCGUCAACAUUGGAGAUCUUUUACAGUUGAUAUCGAAUGACAAGUUUAUAAGCAGCCAACACAGAGUGCUGGCUAACCGCAAUGGUCCGAGAGUGUCGGUUGCGUGCUUUUUCUCGACAGGUUUGAUGCCGUCUUCAAAGAUUUAUGGGCCCAUAAAGGAGUUAUGUUCAGAGGACAAUCCUCCAAAAGAAAAGAAAGCCUUCGAUGAUACGAAAGCAGGGGUGAAGGGGGUCAUGGAGUCCGGGCUGGAAAAGAUUCCGCGUAUAUUCGUGAACGAGCAAUACAUGCUCGAGAAGAAAAGCUCGGUUAGUUCUAACAGAACCGGUUUAAGUGUUCCUGUCGUAGACUUAGAAUGCUCGAAGAAGGAUGAAAUCAUCGACAAAGUGAAAGAAGCUUGUCAUGAAUGGGGUUUUUUCCAGCUCGCGAAUCACGGAAUAUCCACGAGCCUCAUGAGCAGAGUGUUUGAUGGCGUUUGGAGUUUUCACGAGCUGGAUGAUGAGGCCAAGGGACGUUACUACUCGCGAGAUUACACGAAGAAGGUGUUUUAUAACAGUAACUUCGAUUUGCACCUAGUUUCGAGCGCUAACUGA